AGUUCUGCUCCUUUCGUAUCCAUCUGCUCCCGCCAUGGAGCGUGGGAGGGAGGAUGACCUGGAUUACGACACGAUGUGUGAUGAGCUGCUGGAACUGGCCACAGAGCUCACAGAGAGCAACAGGGCCAUGGCCUUCACGCAGGGCGGCCAGUCCCAAUCGCAGUCAUCCAGCCUCUCCCUCGUGGUGCUGUCCAACCUCCCGCACGACAAACUCAAGCCGCUCAUCAGCCACCUCGACGCGCACAGCCUCACCCGCAAGCAGAUCUGCAAAUUGCUGCGCCACGCUUUCCGGCCGUCGGUGCCGGGCAAGCCCACCGGCAUAUCGCUGAGAGACCAGAAGGCCAUCAUCGCCGUCCUGCUGGCCGGCUCACCCGCCGAUGGCGACGCGGCGCCCGAGCGCCUUUGCAACGUCGCUUUGGCGCUGCUGCAGGUGUUCAUGACGGAGCCGACGGUUGAGGCCAAGGUGGUGUCGUGGGCCCUGCAGCAGAUCAUGACGUGCAUCCCACAGAUGAGCCCCGAGGCGCUCGACCUCCUGGUGCAGAGGGUCUUCAAAGUGGCGUUGGAGAAGGGGAGCGGGUCGCCACGGCAGUCGGCCAAGUCCGACAAGAGCGGCAAGUGGAAGGGCGGCAAGGGGAAGGGCGGCCACGGGGUGGAGUGCCUGGAGCUGCUGUCGUCCCUGCUGGAGUCCUGCGGGCGGUGUGAGGGCAUAACGAUGGCGGAGAGGGGCGGGGAGGGAGAGGAGAUGACGGGCAAGGGGUACGUCGACGAAUGGCUGACGCGUUUGUGGGGUGCGGAGGAAUGGUCAGCUACACAUACACAGACACAUACACAUACACAUACACAUACACAUACACACACAUGGCUGCUCUUUGACUUUUUUCCUUGUCAGGUCCCCUCGCGCCAUCCCGGUGUUGCUGCGGCAGCUGGGCGACCUCCCGCUGACAACCGAUGACCUACGACAGCUCAUCCACAGCACCUGCAAGCAGCUCAAGAUCGCCACACGGCUGGACAAGGACAAGGACAACAUGCAAGAUGACGAUGGCCGCGAGAGGGAUAGUGAGAGUGCGAUAGCGGAAGCGUAUGACCAUCUGCCCCAGGUGGUGGUGGAGCUGUUCUCGGUGGUGCAGCGGGGGACGGCCGAGGUCAAGGGCGAGUGUUUGCGCAAGGUCGCAUCGUACUUCGCAGAGCUGGACCAGCGGAUGUGAGCAUGCAGGAAUGGACGGACAGGGGCGGGAAGGGCGCAGACACACCCAAGUAUACGGAUAAUGGAUGUGUUGUGUGUGGCAUUCAUUGCUGGCAGGGCUAAGUGGCGAUUGGAAUCAUCGCGGCCAUUGGCGCAGGCGUCGUAUGAUGGAGCACUGCAGGCUCACGUGGUGCUGCUGCUGCAGGCACAGACAUUCUAUGGAUUCAACUUCAUCAAACUGCUCAAGUGAGGGAGAACCAAGCGUCAUCCCAUCCAUCCAUCCAUGGCAAGGAGCAAAGGCAUUAGGUGUGUGUCUGUAUAUGUAUCUGCAGAUCGCAGAACGUUUCGAUGUCUCCAUUUCUGCUGUCCAUGUCGCUGGCCACCAGCAGGUCUCCCAGCAGUCUCCUCGACAUAGAGAUGGACGAAGACGACAAGAAACAAACCGCCAAAAGUGAGGAUCCUCACAGCGUGGCCAGCACACCAGACGUCACACAACUUCACACGCACUCCCUCCCUCUCAUGUGUGUGCAGAUGGCCAUGAGGACGCCACCAUCAGCACUCUGCGCUGCCUCUUCAUGGCCUCAUUCACCCCACCCCCGGCCGCAGACCUCAUCGCGGGCAUCACCUCACCCACCCUCCCCGGCCUCCAGAAGCGCCCCUCCAUCAGGUGGACGACCGCCAUUCUGCGUAGAGUGGCGGAGAUGAUGCCCGACCCCCUCACGGCCUUCGAGAUCAGCUGGGCGGUCAAGGGCGGCCUCGGCCAAACCUGCGAUAGCGAGAAUUCCGACAUGGCCGCCCGCUACCUCGAGCUGGCGUACGCGCUGCUGGGGGGCAAGGCCGUGGGCAGGGGGGGCGAGGGCAUGAUGGCGCUGGGGUGUGAGAUGGUGAUCAAGGUGUUUAAGAGGUUCGUCGAGCGUAGGGGUGCGAUCCUGAGCACGUUGCUGCCCCGAGUGCUGUCGUCGGACGUGCGCAUCAAGGAGGCACGUGUCGUGGCAUUCAUCCUUUGGCGAAUCGCAAAGGAACACGGGUGAGUGAGUGACCCCUGACCUGACCCGACAAGAGACACAUGCAUGGGUAUUGACAUGACAUGUACAUCUCUGUCGUGCUCUCUGACUUUCAGUAGCAAACUGCUAUCGUCGCAUCUGGCGCACCUCCGUGACGCCCUGUACGAGGCCCCCCGGCUCACCCCCUCCCAUGCAGACCUGCUCUUCGGAGCCCUCGCGCCACUCUUCUCUCUUCACCCAGACCUACAGGUAGGUGCAUUCGCACGCACAGGGGUUAGACACAUAUAUAUGAGCGAGAUUCCCCUUCUCCUUUUUCUCCAGGAGUCGCUCAUCAUUGCGCUGCGCAAGUCCAUCAUGGUCACACCCCUCGCGCCACGACUGGUCGCCACACGGGGCUUCAUCCAUCUGCUGGCGUUCGCCAUGGGCGGCACAGCCACCGAUUUCGGUGCCCUGGUGGCCGAGGGCUUCCCUCGCCACAAGGGCUGGGCCAAGGACAAUGACAUGCAGCCGACAUCGAGCGGUCGAGACGACCCAGAGGUGGUCCACGAGGUGCGCAUGGGUGGAGGGGCAAAGCAGCGCGGCCAUCGGCGGGACGAGGGGCGAGGGUCCGAGUCGCUAUUCGACGAGUGCGCCGGCAUCCUCGUGAGAGCGGUCCGGGACGACCCCACGGUGCAGCACGACAUCUACGUCGGUCUGUGUGCGCUGUUCGAGUCGCUCUGGACGUCGUUGGCAUCCACCAGUGCCAUCGAUAGCCACGAAGACGCCCCCGCACAGCCAGCACCAGCACCGGCGGCCGCAACGGCCGCAGCAGCAGCUGCGGCCGCCCCAUUCCCCAGCCCAGCGAGGAGCAGUGACGUGUCAAGCAGCUUCGGUAGUCGCAUUCUGCAGCUGUUGGUAGAUGAGUUCGAAAGGUCCUUGAGAGUAGCUCUGAAGAACAUCGAUCGCAUCGUUGCAGCGGAGAGGGGCGAGGGGGAUAGAGGGGCCGGGGGCAGACGCGUGGACGAGUCGAGAAGUGGGCUGACCCUAAAUGACCUGCUGAUACCCAAGGAGGGCCCGCCUCAGCCUGUCGGCGGCAAGAAGGUGGGCUGCUGCUGCUGCUACUGCUGCUGGCAGAGGUGAAAAUGCAUUCAUUGUGUGUGUUGUUUGCUGUCUUGGAUGUGUGCAGGGCGGUGUUGGUACGCAAGGGGGCGAGCAGGGGAGGAAGGUGACGCCCCUCCAGGUGAUGGGGCAGCCCCUCCAGCUGCUGCUCGCCUUACUUGUCAGGUGUGUGCACAUACACCCAUGAGCAGAGACACGACAGCAGCAAGGACAUCAUCCAUCCGGCUCACCUCCCGCUUCUCUGCAUUGUGUUUCAGACUCGACCAUACCAUCGCCGUCUGCCACACGUCCACGCAUCAGCACGAGCAUGAGCAGCAGGAGGGUAAGGGUGAGGGCAUGGACGACGACGCCAAGGUCCGCGAGCCUCAGGGAGAGCCGCACACCAGUGGCCGUGACGCGCAGCUGACGAGCGGCCUGACGACGCUGCACCACAUGCUGGUCGGGGUGGCACGAACACUCCGCCACUGCCGCGUCGAGACGUUCAACUUCUUCGAUGGUGACAAACACGACAUUGACCUCUCCGCACUGUCCACGUAGGCAUCCACCCACCAAACCCAGCACGGAAAGACCGCCUGCUCGUUGUCCGUCUUUGGCCAGGGCUGGUUCUCGCAACAUGUCGAUCCUGUUUCUGCUUUUCUCGAUGCUGGAGGGGCUGGCAUCCUACGUCUGCCUGUGCUCGACCCCCAGCAAGGACGACGACGGCGAGAUAGAGGGCGGCAGGCACCCCCACGACCUGCGGCUGAGUGACCAGGACAAGGCGCAGCUGCUCAGCAAAUGCCUUGACCUCCAUGGCCAGCUCGUCAAGGUGACCGUCGAGGAAGCCAGGAACCAGAAACACUCGAAACAGGUCAGCAAGGGAGGGGAGUGACGGAGACACACACACGCCGUCUUAGUAUCCACACACAUCUCUCCUUGUGUCCGUGUAAACAGGCGUUGAGUCGAUUGAGUGCGGUGCCGCCCAACGUGACGUGGCCCGCCCUGAGCCAGUUGAUGUCGUGGGUGUCAGACUCACCCAAGCCGCCGGACGGAGGCGACGCUGCUGCUCAACUUGGCACUGCCGAGCAGCCGAUGGACCUGGACGACGGCGACGGCCCCGCGCAGCAGCAGGCGGACCACGAUGACACGCUGCAGCGGCACCUGGCCAAGUCACAUCACACCAUACUCGCUCUGUGCCAGGUAGGUGGGAGGGGCAGAGCAAACCUCCACACAACACGCACCCACUACAGUAUUGUCUGUCUGUCUGUCUGUUGCUGUCAUUCGCGUCAGCGGGCUCUUGAUGGUCUCGGCGCCACGCUGAGCGGCAGCACGUCCGUCGAUGCGGUGCCCCAUCUGUACCGGUCCACCAUGUCCAUCCGCCACAUCACCGUCUGGUCCAUACGCAUCCUCUCACCCAAACUCGCCAAGGACACAACCAGCACCAAGGCAGCCGCCGCCACCAAGGGCGGCGAGCAACCCAACGGCAGCGACCAUGAGGGUCAGGCGGUGGAUGCAGACAACGAUCAGCAUGACGUCGAUGACACCAACGGGUGGGAGGAGGACGCUGCCGUGACGCGCAACGUCACUCAGGCCUUCACGGUCACGGGCGGGCAGUGGGCGCCCUCUGCCCUCAGACACUUCCCUGCCAUCGCACAGUCGCUGGUGGCUCUGGCCAACACGUCCAUGGCGGCCGACAUCAAGCGCACCAAGAGGACGAAGAUCCCCCCCAAGAAAGAGAAGCCCAAGGCCGCCAAAGACAAGAAGGGAGACAAGGGCGACAACAACAAGAAGAGCAAGAAGAAAUCCGACGACAGCGAUGAGGACAUGCGCGACUCAGACGACGACGAUGAUGAUGACGACAUGGAUGACGACAGGCCCGCCGCCCCAACACCAGCAGCGAAGGGCAAGGCCAAGGCCAAGGGCAAAGCGAAGGCGAAGGCCAAGGGCAAGGCUGCGGCAGGCAGGCCCAAGAAGGAGCCGCAGAAGGCCGUGUUCCGGCCGCCGUCUUCAUGGAGCAUGGCGUUUGGGCUGCUACACGAGAUGGCCGAGAUGCUCUUCAACCAGAUACUCAAGCACACCAGGGAGCAGCGGCAGCAGCAGCAGGACAAAGAGGAUGGUGAUCGUGAUGCGGCGAUGGACGUGGGUGGCGCUGGCGGGGAGGGGGAGGGGGAGGGCGGCAAGGCGGCCACCACCACCUGUGGUGGGGUCAGUCUGGGUGCCGAGACGCUGUAUCGCGGCUAUGCAAUGACGAUGGCGGCAUUCGUCACGAGCGGCGCCGAGGAGAGGAGAAAGGAGCAGCUCAACGAGAUCCUGACACGUCUCGACAUGGAGCACUUCCCCGGGUCUCCGCCCCCGAAUUGGGAUGAGCUCGACGCCCACCUGCCCAUCAAGGACGCCACAGCCAUUCUCGACGUCGUCUGCCGAUCCAUCGAACGUACAGACACACACAGACACACACAUACAUACACAUACAAAUAAACAUAUGUACGUGUCCGUGUACAUGUGUGUGGUGGAUGCACAUCUAUGUAUGCAGAGACCAUCGAGGACCUCCUCACCCGCGGCCUGCCCUUCUUCGAGCUCAUCCAGGCUCGCUGCGAACCCGCCGUGGCGGCCCGCCUGCCGUCCUUCGCCGAGGUCUCCAAGGCCGUCGAGCACCUGCUUGCCACCCUCGACACCACCAGUCGGCUCAUGGCUGCCGCAUGCACCCAGCUGGAGUGCGACCCCAGCAAGGCCAGCAAGAAGAAGAAGAACAAGAAGGGGGGCAACGGCAGUGGUGGCGGUGAGGUGGACGAGUUGUCCGUGUACGUGAGCCGCCGCGAGCGCUGGGUGCUGUCAGUGCUGAACCGUGGGAGGAAGUACGCCAUGGACGAGCUGGUAGAGAUGUCAAAGAGCGAGGAUUUCGACAAGCACGUGGCGGCGCUCAAGGGCGGGGUGCUCAAGGCCAUGAUGGAGCACCUCAUGGCCGUGCAGGCGUGGAGGAGGGGCAACAAAGCCAUCGAGACACUCCAACUCAUGGCUGGGGUACCCAUCCCAUCCACACAUCCCCACAAACGCCCCUGCAUCCAUCCAUCCAUGUGUGUCUGUGUGUCUGUCUGUCUGCAGGAGAUCCGCGAUAGGGUGCUCGAGGCCGACGCGGCCAAGCGCAAGGCCAAGAAGGCCAAGAAGAAGAAAAAGAAGAAAAAGGACGACGACGCCGAUGAGGACGAUGAGGAUGAGCAAGAUCAAGACGAGGAGGGAGAGGAGGACAACGAUGACGACGACGAGGACAUGGUCAAGCCCGAGCCGGUCGUCAAGCGAGAGGCCACCAUGGAGGAGAGCGGCGUUGGAGACGAGGACACCGUUGGUCAGGUGCGCUCAGCUCAUGUCGCACGUGUACGUCAGAUCCAUGCCGACGUGUCUCCUCUCUCCCUCUCUUUCAGGUGCGGCGCGUUAGUCGUGACCGCGCCUCUGAGUACGGCCCCUUCGGCUUCACCGCAGACAACGCCAACCAGGGCAUCAAAAUCAUAUGCACCAUGCUCGCACAAGCCGUCAAGGAGUGAGUGAGGCAGAGGACAGACACACACACAAGGAGAGAGGGAGGGAGGGAGGGAUGGAGGGAGGGAGAAGUGGGGAUGUAUGUGUCUCAUCCAUCCUCAUUGACAGGUUUGAGUACGUGUGGGAUCGCAUGUGGAAGAUCCGCGCUGCAGCGGUGAAGGAGAAGAAGGCAGGCGCCGAAAAGCGUCGGCGCGAGAUCGAGUCGCUGUGGGAGGCCGGGUUCGGGCAGAUGGAGCUCGUGUGCCUGUGCCUGCAGCACUGCAUGGAGGUGCCGCGCCCGCAGCACCUCAAGGACGUCAUGCAGUGCCUGCUCAAGCUGUUCAAGGUGAAUUCCUUGAACCGUGUCUCCCACACACACACACACACAUGGAUGGAUGGAUGGAUGUGUGUAUGCAGCUGUUUAGCGAGAAGGUGUUGAAGCAUCUGGUGUCGGUCAAGUACAAGGCGGCUGAGAGCAAGCUGGUGGACCUCGUCAAGAGGUUCUACGAGCUGCGCCAGCGGCAGCUGAACCUGCCGGGCGUCAAGACCAACAAGGAGCAGGCCAAGGCCACCAAGGGCAACACCAAAGCACAGAUGGACUACAUCCCCAAGUGAGUAGACGAGGGAGGGAGGCAAACAACAAGGGAGACACUGUGUGGAUGUUUAUGCGCGUGUAUGGUGUGGCCAUGUCUGUCUGUCUGUCAGGGUGGAUUACUACUUCGAGCGUGCCGAGUCGUAUCUGUCGAAGCUGCCCGACGCCGCCCACGUGCUGCGCGAGGCCAAGGCCACAAUGAAGAGGUGGCGGAGCUUCGAUAUCAAUUUUGACGCAUUUCAGGUCGGCUGCCCCACCCAGACGUAGCGAGACAUCCCAUCCACUGGACGUAUGUGUGUCGUAUCGUUCCCCUCCCCCCCGCUGCAUCAGGCGCCGAAGCCCGAGCCAGAGGAGGACAUCAUGAUGGAAGACCAAGACCAAGACCAAGAGCAACAGCAGCCCGAUGAAGACGAGGAGGAGGAGGAUGCAGAGCCCCAGCCCAAGAAGAGCAAGAAGAAGAAGGACGCCGUUAGGGAGAAGAACGAGAAGGACAAGAACAAGAAGAAGCGCAAGCGGCAGAGCAGCGAACAGGAGGACGAGGGCGAAGAGGACCAGCCAGACAACGGAGCCGACGAGGAGGAAGGGGAGGACGACUGAGGGAUGGAUGGAUGGAUAGAGGCGAGACGGGCGGUGGGCCCACACAGCCGAUCGCUGUAAGUGUGUGUGUAUCUUUGUGUGUGUGCGUGUGCAUUUCGGUGUGAGACUUCCUCUCUGUGCUCCUUUCCUUCUUGUGUCAAUACGUG